CUCUCGGCAGACCAGGCUUUUUUCUGACCUACAAAAACGCACGACCGCACGCGCACACCAGUCGGCCAGAUCUUCUCUCCCGCAGUGGAUCAUCCGGGAGUCGAAUGCUGCGCGCCAGUCGACACCGAGCUACCGCUGCUGUCGUUUUCUCAGCAUGAGGACAUCCACCGCCGCCGGUCUCAUUCUUCUGACGCUCGUUGUAUCGCUGAGCGUCGGAUCUGCCGAAGAAAACGCAAGGGCCGAGCAUGAGCUUCACCUGCAGAUGGAAGAGGAAGACGAAGACGAACCCGAAGACAUUUUGGCGCCGUUGAGGCUGGAUCUGAAUGCAAGUCUUGUGCACAAGUUGAGCGAGAUUCAAGAGGGUGUGCCUACCGUACCGAAGGCGCCGGCGAAAAAGCGCCAGCUGCAGUUGUACGGCCCGGUGGUGCCGAUAAAGCGGCUGCGCGCGUGGCGACCGCAAAGAUCGGUAAUGGAAAAAAAUGCACAGGUCGAGCCAGCCGUCGCCGUCGCCAAUAGCACCGACAACUCCACGGAGCCGUCGUCACGUACAGCACGCGAGAACUUUACGGAUCAGCCCGACGAUGACGAGCCCGAAGCUUUGCCCGAGCCCAUGGAAUUGAGGUACUCCAGGCCCGAGCAAUAUCGACGAAGACCUUACUAUGCGCCACCCACCAGAAGAUCAACUCAUAACAGGAGGAAUGUCUAUCACGAUAAGCCACCACCGGGACGGGCAACACGUCCCACGAGGAGGCCAUCGGAGCCGAAAAGAGAACCGACGGAGAACGAGUGCACUUUCUUUUCGAAAACCGUCUGCCUGGAGGCCGUCGAUUAUCCCAUGGAGGCCAUAAUGCGAAGCAUACGCAAGAACAAAGAGAUGGUCGCGGCGCUACUGACGGACAUCAAGGUUCAAGACGUCAACGGCGUCUAUGAGGAGGAUGAUGUGCCACAGCCAUCCUACAAAACCAGCUACGACAACAGAUACGACAAACGAUACGAGAGCCGCUUUGAGACCAGCAACGAGAUCAAAAGAAAAUUCGAGUAUCCAUUCGAGAACGCAGAGGAAGGAUUUACGUGCCCGUCGCAAGUGAAGUACGCGAGACCACAACUGGCUCGUGCAGCUUCGGGUGUCUGGAAGUACAUCAUCAACACCGGCGAACACACGCAGACACUGAGACUGGAAAAGUGCUCGAAUCCGAAGACGCCAUGCUCGUUCAUCUCGGAAAAUUAUCGCUCGUCCUGCAUGCAAGUCUACAACUAUCACCGACUGCUCACUUGGGAUUCGAAACUCGGUCUGCACAUGGACAUCUUCAAGGUGCCGACAUGUUGCAGCUGCCACGUACACGGCUACACGGAUCUGUUUCCGCCACACCAGACUGAUCCACCGUACAAAAUGCAAGAGCUUUUUCCUGGUGCUGAUUUCGCCAUCAACGACCAUCACUUGUCCAGCUCGAGUAACAUUAACAAAUACCCCAAUGCCAUUGACUCGGCGGCUUUCAAUUUGUUCCGGGAAAGCUAUGCACCCGAUCAGGAUGAGACGCAGCUGCAACAUUCGAGUAGUUCGCGAAGACCGAGCUUAGCGAAACCGCCGAGGAGAAAACCGUCGAAUCCAGCGAGACCCUUCGACAAAUUACCAACUCAGCACGCACCUAACACGAGGGCGCCCGGUUACAAAGGUGGCCGACCUCUUAGGCCUUUACGGCCCUUUCGCCGAGAAUCCGCAGUACCGGACCUAUCGGAUUAUCAAGAAAACUCGAGCAAUAUUACGCUUAACAGAUUUAGCCCAACGACGUUCGAGCAAGAUGCAAUGGAGCCGAGCUCACGAUUGCAAAACGGUGGCUUCGACGAGGAAUACCAGGAGACGCAAAGGCGAGUCAACUACAAUUAUCAUCCCAUCAUCGACUUCUUCAAGCCAGAAGCGGCCAUGUUAAAAGCCGAAGAAUCGAUGCAGACAGCUGCAUCCACCUCGAGCGAUUCGUGGAAACCCAUUCUCAAGCCUUGAUCGGUUUUCUAUCAUACACUGCGAUUUAUCGCGAUUGUACCUGAGAGACCUCGAAUACUGCGAUUUAGAGCAAAGGAUUCACUGCUCUAUAUUCACCUUGGCCAAACUUCUUGUCGUGAUUCCCCAACAUUUUUUCAAAAUACUUGCAUUCUUUUCGACACUUAUUUAUUUGUUUUCGCCAAGGCAUUUUAUUUGUUGUACCUACCAGUAUAUGAUCUAUGAUAGUUUUCUUCAGCUCGAAACGCUAUUUAGUUGUAAUUACUCCGUGUAACUCUUUAUUUAACUAUCGUGUAAAUUUGUUUCAUUUUAUUUAUAUGUUGUACGAUAUACUUAUCUAUAAGAAAUUUAUCAGAUGUGUUAUAGGUUGUUUUACAUAAAUAAAUUUAUUUGUACG